AUGGAAGCUUCAUCACCUAUUUCACUUCAACAAACACCUCACCAAGAGUAUCCAGUACCUGAAGCCUCACUGAAACCAUACAAGAAAAGCUUUGUCACUUCUUUGAUGGAAGCAGCUACUUUACGCACUCCUUCUUUUAAAGAAGACACCUACUUCAUUUCCCAUCUCAAAAAUUCAGAGAAAAAGGCACUUCAAGAACUAAGAGACAAACUUUCAGUUUCUUAUGGGUCUGGCAGUACUAGUGAAUGUUCCAUGUGGGGUAUUCCUCUUUUAAGCAAUGAUGAAAAAGCUAAUGUGAUCUUGUUGAAGUUUUUGAGAGCUAGAGAUUUUAGAGUUCAAGAUUCACUUCACAUGUUGGAAAAGUGUUUGUCUUGGCGAAAAGAAUUUGGGGCUGAUAAUAUUGUUGAAGAGGAUUUGGGGUUUAAAGAACUUGAAGGUGUUGUUGCUUACAUGCAUGGUUAUGAUAGAGAAGGGCAUCCUGUUUGCUACAAUGCUUACGGGGUUUUUCGAGAUAAAGAAAUGUACGAGAGGAUAUUUGGUGAUGAAGAAAAGUUGAAGAGGUUUUUAAGGUGGAGGGUUCAAAUUCUUGAAAAGGGGAUCAAUCUUUUGCAUUUUAAGCCUGGUGGAGUUAACUCUAUUAUCCAAGUUACUGAUCUUAAAGACAUGCCUAAAAGAGAGCUUAGAGUUGCUUCUAAUCAGAUCCUGUCCUUGUUUCAAGAUAAUUACCCUGAAAUGGUUGCUCGUAAGAUUUUUAUCAAUGUGCCAUGGUACUUUAGCAUGCUGUACUCCAUGUUCAGUCCAUUCUUGACUCAGCGAACUAAGAGCAAGUUCGUGAUCUCUAAGGAAGGAAAUGUUGCAGAAACACUUUACAAAUUCAUUAGGCCUGAGGAUGUUCCACUUCAGUACGGUGGACUGAGUAGGCAGAGUGAUUUGCAGAAUGGCACUCCUAAGCCAGCCUCCGAGUUUACCGUCAAAGGAGGAGAGAAAGUGAACAUUCAGAUUGAAGGAAUUGAGGCUGGUGCAACCAUAAUAUGGGACAUAGUAGUUGGUGGCUGGGACUUGGAGUACUGUGCUGAAUUCGUGCCUAAUGCAGUAGGAAGCUACACUAUUGCUGUGGAGAAGGCAAGGAAAAUUGCACCAUCAGAAGAAGCAAUUCACAAUUCAUAUACAUCAAGAGAAGCUGGUAAAAUGGUGCUCUCAGUGGACAACACUGCAUCAAGGAGGAAAAAGGUUGCUGCUUAUCGAUACUUUGUUCGCAAAUCCACUGUUGUCUAA